UAACUUGUCGCCUUUGAUAUUCAACUGUCUUCCACCAGCAUAGGCUGCAUGAAAGGGGUGCGGGCUCCCGCAAUCCUGCUCGGCGGAGGGCUUCAGGGACCUUUUCCUUCAGGGUGCAGACGAGGGAGGGCAGGACCCGAUUGUCUAUCCAAACGAAGGGUUUCUGGGGUGCAGUUGCCUGGGGUAUUUGUGAGGAGACACCAAAUUCACCGCCUGCUCCCAGGCCGCUCUGCUCCUGUCGCUUCUUUGGAUGCCGGCCCUGCUGCCUGUGGCCUCCCGCCUUCUGUUGCUACCCCGAGCCCUGCUGUCCAUGGCUUCAGGAAGCCCCCCAGCCCAGCCCUCGCCGGCCUCAGAUUCCCGUUAUGUUCCUGGCUCAGUUUCUGCAGCCUUUGUCACCUGCCCCAAUGAGAAGGUCGCCAAGGAGAUCGCCAGGGCUGUGGUGGAGAAGCGCCUGGCAGCCUGCGUCAACCUCAUCCCUCAGAUUACAUCCAUCUAUGAGUGGAAAGGAAAGAUUGAGGAGGACAGUGAGGUGCUGAUGAUGAUUAAAACCCAAAGUUCCUUGGUUCCAGCUUUGACAGAUUAUGUUCGCUCUGUGCACCCUUACGAAGUGGCUGAGGUGAUUUCAUUGCCCGUGGAGCAGGGAAACUCCCCGUACCUGCACUGGGUACGCCAGGUUACGGAGUCAGUUUCUGACUCCAGCACAGUCCCACCAUGAUGAGCCCUGUUCCUGCCAUGUUCCUCUCACAAACUUCAAUGCCCCCUGACUUCCAGAGGAUGACUGAGCCCCUAAUAAAUCCUACCUUUGGUUCUUUC